AUUCCGGACUACUUCUAUUUUCUCUAGAUCUAUAGCUAGGCCGUCUAUAUUAAUAAUAAAUCUAAGGAACCUUAUCUUAGUUAUAUGGAACUCGCUCUUCUUAAUAUCGGCCUAUAGGCUAGCUUUAGCUAACGCUUCUAGCACUUUAGUGACGUGCGCUCUAUACUCUAUCGGGCACGUAGAAUAGACUAGAAUAUCGUCUAUAUAAGCUAUAUAGAAGUUAUCUAGAUAUUUAAAGAGAGCCUUAUUAAUAAACCGUUAGAAAGAGGCGGGGCUAUUAUAUAAACUAAAUAAUAACACCUUAUAUUUAAAGGAGCUAUACCGGGUUCGGAACGUGGUGAGAUCUUUAGUUAACUCUAUUAUCCGUAUCCGGUAGAAUACUUACCGUACGUUAAGUUUCGUGAAUAUCUUUACGCGUUAUAGUCGGGCUAACGUCUCUUUUAUAAGUAGUAAUAGCGAACAAUACUAGAGAUAUAUACGGUGCCUCGCUCGGCUCGAUAAACCCUUUUUAGAGGUGCU